UGCCAUAUGAUACCGGCAUUCCUCGAAAAUUACGACCUGCCAUACAAGAAGCAUCUCUUCGUCCAUAAGAUCUCUUCGACAUAUUUUAACUUGUGCGCAUACGGACAAAAAGAAAGAUUGUCCCGACGAGUUUAUCCUCCAUCUCCCGUACACCUCCGAAGACUACUGACCGACUUACAUCGUAGGAUAUUAGGUUUGGCUACAGCCGGAGUAUGCAUCUGGAUUCUUGCAGAUCCGUUAAAAUUUCUGAAUCCUGGAUAUUCUCCUAAAAUUGCAAUCGCUGCAGCAGUAUUGAUGAGUCUGGUAGGAAUUGCAACAGUUAUCCUGCCCGUGAAUACAAGCGAACGCAUUUUCCUUAGUUCUGGUUUAACAUUUGUGGCAUUGGGAUUAUCUCUCACGUCUUUAUCUAUAGCAAUCAGUGAGAUUUCUGGCAAUUACCCAUCGAUUGAUAUUAUAAAAUCAUAUUAUAGAAGAAUGAAGAUAGUGGCUGGCUUUUCUGGAUGCGAUGCAGCAAUUAUAAUUUUGGCACUUUGCGGUUUCUUUGUGAAUCGUGCAUAAUGAUAAUUCGAUUGCUGUGAUUAGUGAUUUCUUGUUGUCAAGGAAACAGUGAAUUUUAGGAUUUCAUUGAAUAUCUAAAAUNCUUUUAAAU